AUGACUACAACAACUAAGCCUUCGACGACGAUGACUAAGCCAACAACAACUACCAAACCGACCACAACAACUACCAAACCAACCACAACGACGACCACCAAGUCGACCACAACGAUGAAAACGACGGGAACUAAACCGACGUGUUCGUGCACCUGCCCGCCACCGACCACGCCAGCGGUAAGAGCGUUCAGCACCUACGCUAACAGCCCAACCGUCAUCGCUGGAUGGGGAACCACGUCUUCAGAGGGAAGCGUUUCCCAAGUGGUGUUGAAAGCUGACGUCACUGUUCUAGACAACUCCGUUUACACUAGUCACUACGGCACUGGAUUUAUUGGUGCUGACAUGUUGUGUGCCUCUGGUCCUGGUACAGACACCUGUCAGGAUGGCAGUGGUGGUCCGCUUUUCGUCAGCGGAGUUCAUGUGGGCAUUACAUCCUUUGACGAUUCUUACAAUUCUUCAUUGGUCCACAUACGAAGUGCCUGCGUCUGA